AUGGCGGCCGCGGCCCUCACCCGGGAGGGCGGGGAGGACGCCUUCCGCCGGCUUUUUCGCUUCUACCGGCAGCGCGACCCGUCCGACCUGCGGGGUGUGGUGGAUUUCUCCAAGCCGGGGGGGCAGGUGUUCAGAUCACAGCUCAGUAUUUCUUCGGUCAGUGAUCAAGAUGCCUACAGGGCAGGACUACAGCCAGUCAGCCAGUGGAAGGUCUAUGGCCUCCAUGGGUAUCCGGGGUUUAUUUUCAUACUAAACCCUUUCCUCCCGGGCUGCCAGCGUCACUGGGUGAAACAGUGUCUCAAGUUAUACCCCCAGAAACCCAAUGUCUGCAACCUGGACCUGCACAUGGCUCCUGAGAAGACAACUGACCUGUGGGGACAGAGCAAGGAGCAGCUAAGAAGGAAAGGUUCCAGUAAAUGGGAGCCCAGAAGCUUAUUGGAGAAGCUGCGCUGGGUUACUCUUGGUUACCAUUAUAACUGGGAUACUAAGAAGUACUCAGCAAAUCACCACACUCCUUUCCCUUCAGACCUUGCAUUCCUGUCAGAACAAGUGGCCACAGCCUGCGGCUUCCAGGGUUUCCAAGCCCAAGCAGGGAUCUUGAACUACUAUCAUUUUGACUCUUCCCUGGGAAUUCAUGUGGAUGAGUCUGAACUAGACCAUUCUUGGCCCCUUUUAUCAUUCAGUUUUGGGCAAUCCUCAAUAUUUUUGCUUGGGGGCCUGAAGCGGGAGGAGGCCCCAACAGCGAUGUUCAUGCACAGCGGAGAUAUCAUGGUGAUGUCUGGCUUCAGCCGUCUGCUGUACCAUGCUGUCCCCCGGGUCCUCCCCAACCCUGAAGGGACAGCUUUGCCUUCAUGCCUGGACGAGGUGCUUUCUUCAGACCUUCCUGUUGGCUCCGUCAUCCAGCACAGCUCUGAUGAGGAUUGGCAGGUCUGUGCCAAGUACUUGCAGUCUUCCCGCAUUAAUAUGACUAUUCGACAGGUGUUGGCUGAGGGUCAGGAAUUUCCAGAGGAGUCUGGGACAAAUGGAGAAGGCCAAGAACCCUCUGAAGACAGUCACCAUCAGGAGAACAGCAGAGCCAAGAGACAUAAACCCAGUGCAGACAGCUGAGACCAGGAGAUCAUGCUGACAUGGACUGGACAGGCAACCUCCAUAUGGAAUUGGGAACUAAUGUAAUCAUACUACAAGUCACUUGUCUGUAUUGGGAUCAAUAAACUUCUACAGAAUAAAUGUCAUCCUUCCUGCUGUACAAAAUAGGUUAGGGGAAAAAAAGAAUUUAAAAGGAAAAGAAGGGUAAGUUCAGGACUGGGAAUCAGGAGAUGAACUGUAGGGCCAUUUUGUUGCAGAUGUUUUCUGUUCUCAGUUCCCUUUAAAAUACCUGUAUGUCAGAGAAUUCUAAGCUUAGUUCAGUGAUGUUCAUGAAUUACUUUUAAAUCAUUAGGCAGAAGGUGCUAGUAAAAGAUACAUAACUGUUAUGCCUUAAAGAAUCCCAUUGGGCUUAUAAAGCUCAGCUGAAGGGCAGUACCUAGGAUGAAUGAGAACAGGCCUCUAUGGGUGUGAGACCUACCUGCAGCACUUCCAGGAGUGGGCAAUACCUGCUUAGAAUAUCUUGUAGCUCCCAGCUGAAUCUCCUCCCAAAAUUAAGUAUGUGACUGAGCCCUACGUCCUCCGUUCUUUCAAAACUGCCCCUUCUUAAGUGCCUGCAGAUUAUCGUCCUCCAGUCCCAAGCUAGCAUCUUUAAGGAACAGAAUGACUUGCAAGUAGAAGCAAUGAAGUUGUAAAUUACGUACCUAAAAAAUAUAAUCGGUCACUAUCUCUGUCACCCAAAGAUAAAUAUAUUGAAAAAAAGAAAAGCACUAGCUUUUGUGCCAGUUCUCUUUAAGACUCAGACCUUCCUAUCUCCUUUUUAAUGCAAUUUUAAUUGUUGCAGUGGAAUGCACUACCCCUGGGGUAUUUUGUUGCACUUCCCAAUGAAUAAACUUAGUCGAUUUUUAAAUUAAA